GUACGACUCCGACUGCAGCUUUAUUUCCGUGUACGUUUUGGGUAAGCAAAUAUGAGUUUCACGAAACAUGCUUUUUCGGAAAUUAGAACAGAAUAUAUAGAAGCCUCGACACAUCGUGUCCCAUUGGUACUACGGCAUUCAUUAAGAUAUCUAUAGAUACUUCUCGGUUUCCGUUGAAGCGGAUUCUCCAGUCAUCUUAGCUUAGCUCGCUAGCCGCUGUCAAAGCGACACGUUUGUUGGCGACACAUUGUGAAGCAGAAAUCAAGUGUGAAUGUAAAGUGAUGUGAUGGUCGUCUGAUUAUGUGUGCAAAAAGCGUAAAAAAGGAGUACAAUGAUGAACUUUCUGGAACAAAAGAGAACGACCCACAACGUCAAAUACUGGACUCUGGUUUCAACGAGCCUCAGGAGGACUCUCACAGAACUGUCCUCAGUGAAGAUCUUCAUCCUGAACAGCACAAACCAGAUUCCCCUCACAUUAAAGAAGAAGAGGAGGAGGCUGAUGUCACGAAGUUGCCAUUCACUUGUGUCAUUGUGAAAAUUGAAGGUGAUGAUGAUGAUGCUGAAGAGGAAAGUGGUGGAGGAUCACAAGAAGACAGCCUCUUAGCUCCAGUAACAGACAGUGACAACAAAAUGUCUGACUCUGAUGAUGAUGAACUCCCUAAAGGCGAUGGGACAUGUCAAACAGACGACAAACACUGGGAAUGCUCCCUGUGUGACAAAUAUUUCUCUGCCAAAAAAAAUCUGAGAAGACACAUGAUGCUCCACACAGGCGAGAAACCUUUCACCUGUUCAGAUUGUGGUAAAAGAUUUGCUAGUAAGGCACAUUUGAAUAGACAUACAAGGACACAUACUGGAGAGAAACCUUUUUGCUGCUCAGUCUGUGGUCUUCGAGUCAGUCAAAAGAUUAAUUUAACAAAUCACAUGAAAACACACACAGAGGAAAAACCUUUUGCGUGCCCUUUUUGCGGUAAAGCGUUCGCUCGCAAGGCACAUUUGAACCGACACACAAGAAUACACACUGGAGAGAAAGCCUUUGAAUGCUCACUCUGCACCUUAAGUUUCUGUGACCGUUCAAGUUUGGCUAAACACAUGAGAGAACACACUGGGGAAAAACCCUUUUCCUGCUCACUUUGUACCAAAUGUUUCUCUCAGAGACGUGCUUUGACGAGACACAUAAGAAUGCACACUGGUGAGAAACCAUUCAGUUGUUGUGUGUGUGAUAAAAGAUUCCCUCAAAAGUAUCAGGUUAAGAAACACAAGUGUGUUGUUGACAAAUGCAGUGGUAAAUGAAUCUGCACAUCUGCACAACUGUGUGAAAACUCUGACACAAGAUGUCAUGCUAGAGAAAAACCCUUCAUUUGUUUGGUGUGCGAGAAAGGAUUUUCUCGAAAUCAGCAUUUGAUCGAACACACCAGAAUGCGUACGGGAGAAAAAUCAUUCAUCUGCUCAGUUUGUGGCAGAAGAUUCUCCCAGAAGGGCAGUUUAAAGAAGCACAUCAACAACAUUGGAACGGCACAUGAGCUGUCACACAGGAGAGAAACCGUUCAUGUGCUCGCUUUGUGGUAAAGGUUUCACGCAGAAAGGAAGCCUGACGACACACACGAGGACACACAUUGGAGAAAAGCCGCAUUCCUGGAGCACCAGUUUUAACGAUAGUUCAGCAUUGGCGCGACCCAUGAGAACGCACACUGGGGAAAAACCCUUUUCCUACUUAUUCUGCGGCAAGAGCUUCUCUAUAAAGGGGAAUUUUGUAGCACACACAAGAACGCACACUGGAGAGAAGCCAUUUACCUGCUCGGUCUGCAACACAAAUUUUCGAGUUUGUUCCUGUCUGGUUCAACACAUGAGAACACACACUGGGGAGAAACCUUUCGCCUGCUCAGUUUGCGGUUAAAGAUUCUCACAAAAGGCGACUUUGAGAGAACGUGAGAUCACACAGUGGAGACAAACCUUUUUCAUGUUCAGUUUGCAGCACAAGUUUUAGUAACCAUACAUCCUUCAUUCACCACAUGAAAAAACACUAGUGAGAAUGUUUAGCUAAAAGUGUGUCUGAUUAAAACAUUUCAGAAGUGUUGUUUGUGAACCAAGUACAGAUUUGAAGCCGGAGGAUGCAUUUACAUUAUUUGUCUGUCUGUCUAUGAUAUGCUGUGAUGUAUUAACUGGCUUUCGUAGUCCUCAGUUAAUUUCUUUCCUCCAAACUAAUCCUCGUGGAAGUAGAAGUGGCUGGAUUCCUCAUUUACAAAUGUAUUCUUCCGCAAUGUAAUUCGUUCAAACUGUGGUCUCACAUUUGCUUGUAUCAUUUCAGCAUUGCGGUGAUUGGGCAAGUAAACUGGCUUAAAAGCACA